AUGGCCUUUCCCGAUAAGCCCACAGCGCAUCUGCUCGGCUCGAAUGGACCUGUCCACGCCGUCGCGUACUCAGCGUCGCCCGGGACAUAUAUCCUGACGGGCUCGGCGGAUCGAACGGUCCGCUUGUACAACCCGUUCCCCAGCAGCAGCGUCGCCGAGCCGCGCAAGGCGGGGGUGCCGCAGGGCCGGCUGAUCCAGACGUACGCGGCGCACGGGUACGAGGUGCUCAGCGUGGACGUGGCGGCGGACAACGAGCGCUUCGUGUCGGCGGGCGGAGACCGGGCCGUGUUCCUGUGGGACGUGUCGGCGGCGGUGACGACGCGUCGGUUCGGCGGCACGGCGCACGGCCACUCGGCGCGCAUCAACUGCGUGCGCUUCGCGGGCGACGGCGACUCGCUCGUCGUCAGCGGCGGCUUCGACACGACGGCGCGCGUGUGGGACGUGCGCAGCCGCAGCCUCAAGCCCGUGCAGGUGCUCGGCGAGGCGCGCGACGCCGUCACGGCCCUGGCGGUGCGCGGGGCCGAGAUGGUCACGGGCAGCGUCGAUGGGCGCGUCAGGGGCUACGACGUGCGCAUGGGCCGGUGCACGACCGACGUGCUGGGCGCCAGCGUCACGAGCCUCGGGCUUACCAAGGACGGGCGCGCGGCGCUGGUCGGCACGCUGGACAGCAAGGUGCGCCUCAUGGACCGCGACAGCGGCGCGUGCCUGCGGGCGUACUCGGCCCCCGGCUUCAAGAACGAGGAGCUUCGCAUCCAGUCCCUGCUCGGCGCGAGGGAAAAGUACGUCCUCGCCGGCGACGAGAUGACGGGCGACGACGGCGGCGGCGGCAGCGGACGCAUCUGGGCGUGGGACCUGUUGACGGGCAAGCUGGUGGCCAAGGUCGAGGUGCCCUGGGGCCCCAGCGGCAACGUCGUCAGCUGCAUGGCGUGGAGGGACGACGGCUGGGGGGACCAGUUUUGCGUGGGCGGGACGUCGGGCGUGGUGACGGUGUUUGGCGCGUUAUAA